UAAGCUUUUAUAUUUUACGUUAUUAGGCUAAAGAGAAAAUAGUUGCCGAUUUCAAGAGUAACGAAUCCUGUCUUGUUAGUUUGCUAUAAUAUCCUUAUUACCUACUAGAUCCGGGCGUAUAUAUAACGACUGUUUAUCAGUGGAGUUCAGUAAAUAUGUCUGGUAGGUAAGGUACUAAUUUCGUUGCUAAAAAUGCGUUGAUGUUCAUACCUUUCGUCAAACAUGAAGUUGGGUUCUUCAUGGAAUGUUCCAACUGCACUUGGCACAUGGAAGUAAGUGGUCGAGUGCAUCGUAUGCACCAUUGUUGAAUAUGUUACUGCGAUUCCUUAUUCUGAAAAACUUAUGAAAUUAGAGAUAAAGUGCCGCACACACUACACUUUUUUUAGAAAUUUAUUUAUUUAACACAGGUGCUAGCAGCCAUAGACGAUAUAAUAAUUAAUUUAUUAAGUGACAAUAGAGAUUCAGGCUCUAAAUUUCGGAAAAGAAUCAGCUCGUGUGUGAUGCGCUGAAAUUGAAAACUUUGUUUUAAGGCGAAUCUACUGACUGCGCCAGUUAGGUCUGGCUCGCAAGAGCUAAGAACUUGCUCGUUCAUGGAAUUUAGGAUGUCGAGUACGACAUUACACCAUAACACAUAACUAGUCGUGAAUUAAAGAAAAUAUUCAAAUUUAUUCGCAGAAUAGUAUUUUUAUCUGGGAUUUAAUGGCGCAACCGUCGUGGAGCUAAUGUAUCGUACACCAUUGUCGCCCUGUGAACUCGCGCGGCAGAAAUGUCUUGACGUCCUCAGGGAGCUUUAUAAAGAUGUUUCGUGAGGAAGUAAGUCACAUCGUUUGGAGCCGAGGAGCUGAUAAGAUGUCAUCAAAGCGUAGUGCGACGUCAGUGGCCAUGGUGCUAUUCUGCGUGGCAGUACUGUGCGUCGAUGCUGCGCGGGCGCGCUGUAGACUACGCAAACACAUACACAAGGCCAUGCAGACGGACUUUACUGGACGUCGGUGCUGGGACGACGUCAAGAUACAGUCCUGCUGGGGAUACUGUCUGUCCUACGAGAUUUCUGACUGGCGCUUCCCAUACAAGGAUUCGCACCACCAAGUCUGCGGCCACGAGGAGCGCAAGCACGCCUCUGUCAAGCUGAGACACUGCGACCCCGGCGUGGAGCCCGGCACCGACACCUACCACUACAUCGAGGCCACCAGCUGCAAGUGCCAGGUAUGUUCGUCAGAAGACACGAGCUGCGAGUGGCUGCCGCCCGACUCCAGCCUCCUCGGCGGCCUGGUCCUCAAGGAGGAGAUAGAGGAGGAGGAAUAACACUGACACGUACAUGGUACAAGGACCGAGGAGGAGGGAUAACACUAACGCGUACAAGGACCGAGUUACAUCGCAAGUUAUGUUAAGUAAACAGUUUUAAGAAAAAUAUUUUU